AUGAAUUUUCAGCAAGGUACCUACCGAUCGGCAAGGAUCUCAAGUCCACAGAAAGUGAGAAGAGGAGAAGGAGAUUUCUGGCGAGAUUUUGGUGGUGGUACUUGUGGCCGAGGUGAUUUCCAGCGUCUCAUUCAUGGUGGUGCAAACAAGAUGUCUGAAAGUUCUGAUAGAGAAAGUCAUGACCCCACUGCCUUUGGUGGGGAAGAUACUGAGAGUGAAGAGCCCAACCAAUAUGUUUGUUCUGAAGCUGAAUGUUCCCAGACAGAGGGUGUGGUAGAAGGUAUGAUAGAAAGUAGGAUGGUAGUGCAUGAUGGUGAGAGAGGUGAGCGAUCAGUAGAUUCCCGGGAGGCCGAGUAG